CGCGGGCUGUCCCACUCUACGCAUGCGCAUCGGUGCGGAGGCUGGUAACCCGGCUGAGUGAGGGGAGGCAUCCCCUGGACGUAGCGAAGGCAGCAGGGAGCGGCGACGGCGGCAGCUGUAGGAGCAGAGACCGGCGACGCCUCAGUCCUAGGUCCAGCCCCUGCUAGGAGAUUGCCACCGCUCGCCCACCCUAGUCUCCCCGGUGUUCAACUGUGUACUACUUUCACAUUUGAAGAUGGUGAAGCUGGAUAUUCACACAUUAGCUCAUCACCUUAAGCAGGAACGACUCUAUGUGAAUUCAGAGAAACAACUCAUCCAGAGGCUAAAUGCAGAUGUGCUUAAGACUGCCGAAAAAUUGUACCGCACAGCAUGGAUUGCCAAGCAGCAGAGAAUUAACCUGGACAGGCUUAUCAUAACAAGUGCUGAAGCUUCCCCUGCUGAAUGUUGCCAACAUGCCAAGAUCCUGGAAGACACACAGUUUGUUGAUGGAUAUAAGCAGCUGGGAUUUCAAGAGACUUAUUAUGGAGAGUUCUUAAAUAGAUUGAGAGAAAACCCUCGACUCAUUGCCUCCUCUUUGGUUGCUGGAGAAAGAUUGAACCAGGAUAACACUCAGAGUGUUAUCCAUACAGUUUUUACUUCUCUUUAUGGCAACUGUAUCAUGCAAGAAGAUGAGAGCUACCUCCUUCAGGUUUUGCGGUACCUGAUUGAAUUUGAACUCAAAGAAAGUGACAACCCUAGGCGUCUUUUGAGGAGAGGCACUUGCGCAUUCAGCAUUUUAUUCAAGCUUUUUUCUGAAGGACUCUUUUCUGCCAAACUCUUCCUCACAGCAACAUUACAUGAGCCAAUCAUGCAAUUGCUGGUUGAAGAUGAAGACCAUCUGGAAACAGAUCCAAACAAGUUGAUUGAGAGGUUCUCUCCAUCCCAACAGGAAAAGCUUUUUGGAGAGAGAGGUUCAGAUAGGUUCAGACAAAAGGUUCAAGAGAUGGUAGACUUGAAUGAAUCCAAAUUGGUGGCCUUGGUGAACAAAUUUAUUGGCUAUCUCAAACAGAACACAUACUGCUUUCCUCAUAGUUUGCGGUGGAUUGUAUCACAAAUGUAUAAGACACUUUCUUGUGUAGAUAGACUUGAUGUAGGGGAAGUGAGGGCAAUGUGUACUGAUCUCCUCUUGGCCUGCUUCAUUUGCCCUGCAAUUGUCAACCCAGAACAGUAUGGAAUAAUUUCUGAUGCUCCCAUAAAUGAGGUGGCAAGAUUUAAUUUGAUGCAGGUUGGUCGACUUUUGCAGCAGUUGGCAAUGACUGGCUUAGAGGAGGGAGAUCCUCGAGCAAAGAGCAGCCUUGGUAAAUUUGACAAAGGUUGUGUUGCUGCAUUCCUUGAUGUUGUAAUUGGUGGCCGGGCUGUGGAGACUCCCCCAAUGUCUUCAGUUAACCUGUUAGAAGGGUUGAGUAGAACUGUGGUAUAUAUGACCUACAGCCAGCUCAUCACUCUGGUUAAUUUUAUGAAGAACGUCAUGUUAGGUGACCAACUGAGAGAAGAUCGAAUGGCUCUUGAAAACUUGUUGGCAAACCUACCCCAGGCCAAGCCAGGAAAAAGUAACAGUUUGGAAAUGACUUCGUAUAAUACUCCUCAGUUGUCUCCUGCAACUACUCCAGCUAAUAAAAAAAAUCGUUUGCCUUUGGGACAACAGUUAGCAGCCAUCACUGCAUGGGAUCCCUCAACCACCAAUCUCACAGCUCACAUUACUCUAGUAACCCCAUUUGCAACUCGGAGCAGAAGCCGUACCAAUAUGUUAAUUGACCAGCACCCAGACCAUGAUGGAUUAUCCCAAGAGACGAUUCAGGAAGUACAGCCAGAAGAAGUGUUGGUCAUUUCUUUGGGGACAGGUCCCCAGCUUACCCCAGGCAUGAUGUCAGAAAAUGAGGUCUUAAACAUGCAGCUUUCAGAUGGAGGACAAGGAGAUGUCCCUGUUGAUGAAACCAAACUCCACGGUAAACCUGAUAAAACCUUGCGCUUUUCCCUCUGCAGUGAUAAUCUGGAAGGAAUAUCUGAAGGUCCUUCAAAUCGUUCCAAUUCAGUUUCUUCUCUGGACCUAGAAGGAGAAUCUGUAUCAGAACUUGGAGCAGGGCCUUCUGGGAGUAAUGGAGUUGAAGCUCUGCAGCUUUUGGAACAUGAACAAGCUACAACACAGGAUAAUCUUGAUGAUAAACUACGGAAAUUUGAAAUCCGUGACAUGAUGGGGCUAACAGAUGAUCGAGAUAUUUCUGAAACAGUGAGUGAGACCUGGAGCACAGAUGUCUUGGGCAGUGAUUUUGAUCCCAACAUUGAUGAAGAUCGAUUACAGGAGAUUGCAGGUGCGGCAGCAGAGAACAUGUUAGGCAGUUUGCUGUGUCUGCCAGGUUCAGGGUCAGUGCUUCUUGACCCCUGCACUGGUUCUACCAUAUCAGAAACAACCAGCGAAGCUUGGAGUGUAGAGGUAUUACCAAGUGACUCAGAGGCCCCAGACCUCAAGCAGGAAGAGAGAUUACAAGAGCUAGAGAGCUGUUCUGGCCUGGGCAGCACAUCUGAUGAUACAGAUGUCCGGGAAGUCAGUUCCCGCCCCAGUACUCCAGGCCUCAGUGUUGUCUCAGGUAUCAGUGCAACUUCUGAGGAUAUUCCUAAUAAGAUUGAAGACCUUAGAUCUGAAUGUAGUUCUGAUUUUGGUGGCAAAGAUUCAGUCACUAGUCCAGAUAUGGAUGAAGUAAUUCACGGAGCCCACCAGUUGACUUCUCCUCCCUCUCAGUCAGAGUCUUUGCUUGCAAUGUUUGACCCAUUGGCUUCACAUGAAGGGGCUUCUGCUGUAGUACGGCCAAAAGUUCACUAUGCUAGACCAUCACACCCACCACCAGAUCCUCCAAUUCUGGAAGGAGCAGUGGGAGGGAAUGAAGCUAGGCUACCAGGUUUUGGCUCUCAUGUGUUGAUUCCAACGGAUGCAGAGGCAUUCAAACAAAGACAUUCCUAUCCUGAGAGAUUAGUCCGUAGCAGGAGUUCUGAUAUUGUAUCUUCGGCCCGGAGACCCAUGAGUGAUCCUAGUUGGAACCGGCGUCCUGGAAAUGAAGAGAGAGACCUGCUUCCUUCAGCUGCCAUUGGAUCUCCUCUAGUGGCUGCACCUCCAUCGUCAUCUUCAUCACCUAGCAAAGAUUCCUUGAGAGGAGAGACUGAAGAACGAAAAGAUAGUGAUGAUGAGAAGUCAGACAGAAACAAACCUUGGUGGAGAAAACGUUUUGUUUCAGCUAUGCCUAAAGCUCCUAUACCAUUUAGAAAGAAAGAAAAACAAGAAAAAGACAAAGAUGAUCUGGGGCCUGACAGAUUCUCAACACUUACAGAUGAUCCUGCCCCCAGGCUCAGUGCACAGGCCCAGGCUGCUGAGGAUAUCUUGGACAAGUAUAGGAAUGCCAUUAAACGAACUAGUCCUGGUGAAGGAGCUGUGGGGAACUAUGAAGGUGCAGAAGUUAUGGGGGACAGUGAAAGUGUACAUGACUCUCCUCGUGAUGAAGCCCUGCAAAAUAUCUCUGCUGAUGAUCUCCCUGACUCGGCCAGCCAGGCAGCCCCUCCUCAGGACUCUCCUUUCUCCUACAGGGAUGCCAAAAAGAAACUGAGGCUUGCACUUUGCUCAGCAGAUUCCGUUGCCUUCCCAGUACUGACUCAUUCAACAAGAAAUGGCUUGCCAGACCAUACAGACCCAGAAGACAAUGAAAUUGUAUGCUUCCUAAAAGUUCAGAUAGCUGAAGCAAUUAAUUUACAAGACAAAAACUUAAUGGCUCAACUUCAAGAAACAAUUCGUUGUGUGGGACGCUUUGAUAAUAGAACUUGUCGGAAACUACUGGCUUCUAUUGCUGAGGACUACCGGAAAAGGGCCCCAUAUAUUGCUUACCUCACCCGUUGUCGCCAAGGGUUACAGACCACACAGGCCCAUCUAGAACGGCUGUUGCAGAGAGUUUUACGAGACAAAGAAGUGGCCAAUCGGUACUUCACCACAGUUUGCGUAAGAUUAUUGCUGGAGAGUAAAGAGAAGAAGAUUCGGGAAUUCAUUCAAGACUUUCAGAAGCUCACAGCAGCUGAUGAUAAGACAGCUCAAGUGGAAGAUUUCUUGCAGUUUUUAUAUGGUGCCAUGGCUCAAGAUGUCAUCUGGCAGAAUGCUAGUGAGGAGCAGCUCCAGGAUGCUCAGAUGGCAAUUGAGCGAAGUGUGAUGAACCGGAUUUUCAAGCUUGCCUUCUAUCCUAACCAAGAUGGAGACAUUCUUCGUGAUCAGGUUCUUCAUGAGCAUAUCCAGAGAUUGUCUAAAGUGGUGACUGCAAAUCAUAAAGCACUUCAGAUACCUGAGGUCUAUCUUCGGGAAGCCCCAUGGCCAUCUGCACAAUCCGAAAUCCGCACAAUAAGUGCUUACAAGACCCCCCGGGACAAAGUGCAGUGCAUCUUGAGGAUGUGCUCCACAAUUAUGAACCUGCUGAGUUUGGCGAAUGAGGAUUCGGUCCCUGGAGCAGAUGAUUUUGUUCCUGUUCUGGUGUUUGUUUUGAUAAAGGCAAACCCACCCUGUUUACUGUCUACUGUUCAGUACAUCAGUAGCUUUUAUGCUAGCUGUCUGUCGGGAGAAGAAUCGUAUUGGUGGAUGCAAUUCACAGCAGCAGUUGAAUUCAUUAAAACCAUUGAUGACCGAAAGUGACCUACUCAGAAGCCUGCUAGGGCAGGCAGACUGUUUAGGGGAGCAGAAUCUCUUAAAUAACAUCCACCAGCUGCUUAGCAGGCUGAAGAUUGUCCUUGUAGAUUGUACAGAAUUCAGGCAUUUUCAACCAGAUCUUUACUAAAGAGAUUAAUGAGUUAACUAGCAGGUUUUCUUUUCUUUGUUUUUUCCCCCAUUCCCAUUUCUGGGUUUCAUAUUUUAUUCUCCCCAUUCUAAAUAGAGGCUAGAGCUGCAACAAGGGACCACAUUUUUCAGGUAUUUUGGAAUAUAAAAACCUCUUGGGAAAAUUCCUAGGUCACCAUUCAUUGGAUAAACAUCUUCUUUUCUUAAAAAAAAAAAACAAAAAACACACACACAAAAAAAAACAAGGCACCUCUUUUAAAGCUAUCUAGUCUAGUAUUGGUAAAAUAAAAAUACCCACUGAACCUGAAGGUUUGUAAUAGUUGAAAUAUUAGUGGCAUUACCUCUAAAUCUCUAAUACCUAAAUUGAGAAGCUGAGAAGGAAAUGUAAAUAGAAUAUAUAUUUAUAUUUGUUGUACCAUGGACAUCUUCAGACUCUUUCAUAAACCAGGAACUUCUGUGUCUUGACAAUAGGUUGUGCCAUAACCCUGUUGUGAUAUGGUUUCCUCAUAAGAACUUAAGCUGAGCUUAAAACAAAAAAACAUAAAUAUUUAUUAAAAUACAAUGCAAUUUAUUGAACUUUCCAAGAGUUUGAUGUGUGCAGUGCCACAGUUGAUGGCAAGUGUAAAUUUUUGGAUCUUUCACCAUAGAGGUUUGUGAGCUGCACAUAAAAGAGAUGGACUGUGUCUAGAGAUAAGCACUGACUAUAGAAAGGAAUAGUAAAUAUCAGAUACCUUAUUGUAAUAUUUUUCUUCUGAAAUAUUGUGUAUACUGUACAAACCCCAGACAGAGCUCCUUAUGAACCUUAAAUUGUAAUAUAUGUUUUGAUUGAUUAUUCACAUUGAAUGCACACGCCAGGGGAUUCAGUGAAUGGCGUUUUUUUUACUAAGUGUUCUUUGUAUUGUCUGCUCUAGUGGUGCAGGUUUUACUAGUCAUAAAAUAUUUUAACAAAUCACACUGUUCUUACAAAAUAUAUAUAUAUUUUAUAUAUAAAGAUAUAUAUAAUAUAUAUAUAUACACACACACACACAUAUUCAUAAAUAGGCACCAUGUCAGGGUAUUUGGGCAGAUUUCUGUUAUUUUCUCCUCUUGUCUAACAAAAUAUGGAUUUCUUUUCAUUUAGAUAACUAAACUGACAGUUUGUCCUUGGUGCCUGAGAAAUUGACCAAGCAGGCGCUUGACAGCAUUAAGCACAUGUCUUGUAUAUAAAUGAUCAUUGGCUGUUUUUAUUUUGUACCUCUGUUAUUUCUCAAUAUAGAUAAUAAUUGGUUCUUUUACAUAAUGGAGAGCUGAGUCAGCUUCUUAAUGCUAGUACUACCACCCCUCCCCCCCAAAGUAUUUUUAUUGCUGGCAGUUGGGUAAGAAUGUACUUAGUCAGCCUCUCGUGGGUAAGGAAAGACAAACUCUUCUCUUUCUUUAGGACAUACUGUUUAGCAUAUGUAUAAAAUACUGAGGAAAAAUUAUAGAGUUUCUUCAUUUUAUCUCUCAUUAUUUUCCAUUCAUUUACUUGAAAAUAUCAAGUUAUGUAGAAGUAGGUAUAGGGUUAGGUGUUUGUUUUUAUGAGUGAACACUUUGAGCUAAUACUGCUGAACUUUCAUCCUUCAUUUAAGUUUUUAAAAAAUCAGCAAAAUACAAACUUGUGUACAGUAUACUGUUUCCUAGGCUGUGCCUAUCACAGUUGCCUUUGUUAUUGUAGGUCAAAGUCUGUUGCGUAUUCCAUUACCAAAAAAAAAACAAAAAACAAACAAAAACCCAAGCAUUUGUAUAAGAUUUCUAAGAUUCAACUGGUCAACUUAUUUCCAUUGGUAUUUAAAAAUUUGCAGUUUGUUGUAAUGUGAUUUGAUUUUGAUAAUUUAACAAGAGAUAUUUGUUUCCUUGUGCACUGACUACUCCCUCCCCCCCAGUGAUGUUAAAAUCUAUUCUGUGUCAUCAGUGUGAAAAUUAUAAGAUUCGGAAAUGAAUUUACAUAGAAUUAUUGUUUUGGAGAGGGGGUGGAGGGUGGGGUAAGGGUUUCUAGAACCCUGACUGAGAGCUUAGCAUUAAAGUGCUGGUAGUAAUAGAAUUCGCCUUAUUUAGUGCUGCCUACCUGUAGUAAUGCAAAUACUUAAGCCCAGAGUAACCGUAGAAGUUCCAUUUCUGUGGCUAUACAUUCUUUUUUCACUUGUGAUAGAGAUGAUGACUGUACUCUUAGGCUUGACCUGCCAGUGGAGGCUUUGGGAUAAUUUACAUAGUAGAGCUGGUUUAAGAGACAGUUAGCAUGUUUAUUCUGAGAAACUUCAAAGACAGGAAGUAUUCUAGGAUCAACAAUGACCCAGUUCUGUUCUGUGUUAGGAUUUGUCAUUUUACUGAUAUUUAAAGCAUGGGAGUCAGAGUUAGGGCGCGCGUGCGUUUGUGUGUGUGUCUGUGUGUCUGUGUGUCUGUGUCUGUGUCUGUGUGUGUGUUGAGAGGGAGAAGAAGUGUGGGUUUGGCUUUACUUUUUCAGAGUAAUGGAAUACUCUUUAGAGAUUUGUAUUGAGCUUUUUCCUAGUAACUUAAAAUGGAGCCUUAGUUUGAAAACCUAGAAGCUCUUGCUUUUCAUGCUCAAUGAGUUCACAGUGGGUGUUAAGUUGGGGAUCUGGCUCAGCACAUUGAAGUCUUGCUAGAGGAAACAUGGUAGAGUAGAGAGAGUUUUGGAUUUGGAAUUAGGAAACUGGUGUUUGAAUCCUGACUCUUCUGUUUAGCAGCUUUGGGCCUUUGGGCAAAUUAUUUCACCCUAGGCUUUAGUUUCUUCAUCUGUAAAAUGAAGGGGUUGGGCAAUGUGAUAUCUGGGCCCCUUUUAUAGGCCUAAUAUUUUCCCAUUUGAAAGGAAAAGAAAAUGAAUUUUCUGUUUAUUUGCUGCUUCUGAGAAUUGAGUAAAAGAAACAUAAAGAUUUUGAAUUUUUCCCAACCCCACUGUGGCAAAAUGAAUUUACUGCCUCUGAUUUACAUCAGGAUUUCAACAAGAACUGUUAAUCCAUUUCCUAAAUUUUUUUCCUUAAAGAAAAAAAAACACUUUGCAUAUUGAAAGCCAUUUAUAUAAAUAUUGUUCCAUAUUUAUAGUUAAAUAUUUAGGCUUUCUAAGGAAUCAUCAGACUCAUAGAUGUCUUUUCCUGAUGUAACUUUUAAAUAUUCUUCAUAUUAUAUAUCUUAUAGGAAGUUGAUUUUGUCUUGUUUUUCCUCUUUGGUUGCACAACAGAAACACAAAAAAUAAACCAAAAAGAAAAGAACUAACCCAAAUAAGCUAGAAGAACUUACCCCUUACCCCCAACAACAAUAACAAAGACUAUUGCCACAGGAGUUUGUAGUUACAGAAACAGAACUUUGGGAGCUGUAAACUUAUUAGAAUGCCAUUAGAUUUUAUUUUUCCAAAUAAAGAUCAGUGAAAUAUAUAAAGAUGUUUGGUUUUCUUCCAAGAUGGGAGUAAAGGCAGAAGGAGAAAAAGUAGGGAAUGUGUUUACCUAAUUACUUGAUAAAUAAUGGUAGUGGCUCUCAUUAGGAAUAAGCUUUCUGUAUAGUAGGAUGGCUAGAUAUGAAAAAGACUAGAUCCUGAGGUGUUAUUUAAAAAAAAAAAAGGAAUUCAUUGUGGUUUCAGUUUGUAGAUCAAAAUUACCAGGAGAACUAACUAAUAUGAUGUGAAAGCCAGGUUUGGGGUUAGGAUCCUUCAUGAACCACCUUGGGUACCCCAAGAGAUCUUGGGUUACUUGUAUUUGCUAAGUUUGAUCUACAGCCAUAAAUGAUUUAGUGGAUGUUUUCUUAGUUGUGGAUAUUUGUAUUGGCCAGUAAACCUAAGGAGUUGACCCAGAGAACUGACCAGUCAGCCCACAGAGUUGGCUCAGGGAGAUGUCUUUGUUGGUCUUUUCUGUGUUCUCCUGUCCUAAGCUUGAGUGGAUGACCUCCCAGUAUGUUCUUCUCUGCCUGAGAGCUGUUGGGUUAUCAGAGAUUGACAGGAGAGCCUUUGUUAUAGCUGUUCCUCUUGAUAUGUAUGUAGUAUAAUUUUUUAAAAUGGUGUUUAAAUGUCUCUUCCUUUCUGUUCCUACCUUUUUUUUGAGAGAAUGUCUCUGUCUGCCCUAUUUUUAGUUUCUUUUAUUCAAGCAAGAUUAUUCUGAAGAAUUCUGAAUGUACCUGCCAUAAUUUUAAAAAGAAUGGAGUUUCAAAAACAAUCUUUUUUGCUAUUUUUUUGUUAUUGUUUGUUUGUUUGUUUUUUAAAGAUUAACAGUAGGCGUUGUUGGAAAAAUUUUGAAUGCCAAAAUGCUUGGGAGCUCUUUGCCAGACUAAUGAUAACUGAAUAUAUUGUAGAAUGUAAACAAUGCCAGAAAUGGGUCCUCAGUCAAGAAUAGCUUUGCUCUGUUUUAGAAAGCUGCAUGUAAAUGAAGUCAAAGAAGAAUUGUGUGGUCAAAUGAGACCAGUAGUGUGGCCAAUGAUGUAACGAGGACGUUCCUGGUAGCAGCAAAAUAGGAAGUCAAACUUAAGAAAGAGGGUAUUUUGUAUCUAGCUAACAACAGUCAGUAUAGAUGAGCCUAUGUGGCUUUAGACUUCAUCUCUGCUGAAUUAUUAUGUGUUGUGUAUCUAUCGUGUGCUUCUCCUGUAUUGAAAAGCUUUGUACUGCCUCUCCUCUUUGAAACUGGUAAAGCCUUUCUAUAAGUCUAAAUUAAUGAGCUUGCACAAUCUUGUAUACCUACAGGAAACUCGUCUUGUCUCUAAUGUGAUUAUUAAUGUAUUAUAUCAUUAUGUAAAACUGAUUAAAAAAGGAGAGCAGUUUAA